AUGGAGUGUGGGUAUUUUCUAGCAGAUAUUCAGAAGGAUCCAAGAUUUGCCAACACAACUACUGUGUCUGAUUUGUGUCGGCGGUUAGUUGAAUCAAGAAAGUCAGCAUUCUUUCCUAUGAUUUAUAGAUUGAUUUGUCUUGUGUUGACUCUGCCAGUUUCUACAGCAACAACAGAGAGAGCAUUUUCAUCUAUGACCAUCAUAAAAAACAAACUUCGAAAUAAGAUGGAAGAUGAGUUUUUUGAUGAUUUGAUGGUUCUCUACAUCGAAAAAGAAUUUGCCGAUAGCAUUGAUAAUGAUUCUGUGAUUGCUGAGUUUGAACUCAGUGGGUCUAGGAGGUUGCCUUCCAAAGGACUUAAAGAAGAUAUCUUUCUAUCAUCAUCACUUGGAAAUCUCACACAUCUCACCCACCUGAAUCUCUCUCACAAUUCACUUUCUGGUUCACUAGACCAAAGUACUAGAUUCUUCUUGUCUUUGAAUCAUUUGGAUGUCCUUGAUUUGAGCUAUAACCUUCUUUCCGGAGAGCUACCAACUUCAUUCUUCAAACAUGCUUGGAAUAUGACUAGUUCCAAUGUCAGCAACAACAACUUCUCAGGUUCUAUUCCAUCCUCUAUUUGUAUUCAUGAUUACUCACCAUCAUUUGGGCUGUUGGAUACUUCCUUCAAUAAAUUCAGUGGCAAUAUAUCUUGUGGACUAGCAGAGUGUUCCAAACUGCAGGUUUUUCAUGCUGGUUACAAUAACCUCUCAGGAAUACUUCCAGUAGAGAUGUAUAAUGCUACCACACUUGAAGAAAUUUCAUUACCUGCUAAUUCUCUUUCUGGAGUCCUUGGUGAUAAAAUGCUGCAACUUGCGAACCCCACAAUCCUUGAUCUCUCCUAUAACCAAUUGAGUGGUGUGCUCCCUCACCAUUUUGGCAAGUUCUCUAAGUUGAAACUCAUGGUUCUUGAUUUCAACAAUCUAGAAGGUGAAUUUCCAGAGGAACUCUGUAGACUACCAGCAUUGGUAUAUAAACAAACACCAGCUCAAGUAGACGAUAUUGAUCUUGAAUUGGCUAUCUACGGAUACAAUGGCGCAACAUUAGUACAAUGCAAAUUGUCUUACUUUCCUCCAGCUAUUUAUGUAGGCAAUAAUACCAUUAAGGGGAACAUACCUACUGAGACGGCCAAUUGCAGCUUCUCCAUGGAUUAA